CAUAAUCAAACCAGAAAGAUAUACAUAUAAAUAUAUAAGUAAAGUAUAAUAUUCGAUGGAGGAUUCAUCGAUUAAGAUAGUUAUUGACUCUUCAAACAAUCCACAAGGAAAUGGUGAUAUAGCCAAGAAAUCACCACCGUCCAUUUUAACCAGGCUCCAUGCAGGCUAUUUCAGAAUAACUCUAUCUUUUGGGGGUCAAGUUUUGCUAUGGAAAACCCUAAGUGAACAUGUAUACGAAACACAAGCUAUUCAUGUCAUUCUACAUAUUCAUACCUUCCCUUCAAUGGCUUUUCUUCUACUCUGGUGGCUUGCCCUGUGCAUUCUCACUCUUCUCUCUGUUCUCUACAUUUUGAGGUGCAUUUUUUACUUCAAUCUUGUGAAAGCAGAGUUCUUGCACCAUGUUGGUGUCAACUAUCUUUUCACUCCAUGGAUUUCAUGGCUUAUUUUGCUCCAAACAGUUCCAUUUGUGACUGCAAAUGCUGUUUCCUAUCAUAUUCUGUGGUGGGUUUUUGUUGUUCCUGUAGUCGUACUUGAUCUCAAGAUUUAUGGGCAGUGGUUUACAACAGAAAAACGGUUUCUGUCGAUGGUGGCAAAUCCUACAAGCCAGUUAUCAGUUAUAGGGAAUUUGGUAGGUGCAUGGACUGCAGCAAGAAUGGGAUGGAAAGAGAGUGCUGUUUGCAUAUUUACACUCGGUUUGGCUCAUUAUUUGGUGGUGUUUAUCACGCUUUAUCAGCGAUUAUCGGGUGCUAAUCGUUUUCCCGCAAUGCUCCGGCCAGUCUUCUUUUUGUUUGUUGCUGCACCAAGCAUCGGGAGCUUGGCUUGGAGCUCCAUUUCUGGCAGUUUUGACAUGCCAUGCAAAAUGCUGUUUUUUCUCUCGCUAUUCCUCUUCUCAUCAUUGAUAUGUCGGCCAAGAAUUUUCAAGAAAUCGAUGAAGAGGUUCAAUGUAGCAUGGUGGGCAUACUCAUUUCCCUUGACAUUCCUCGCACUUGCCUCAGCAGAAUAUGCACAACAGGUUAAAGGCGUUGUAGCACCCACACUACUGCUCAUCAUUUCAGCCCUCUCAGUUUUGGUUUUCCUUGUAAUUUUGGUCAUUACUGUCAUCAACACCGAUAAGCUUUUGCGCGAAAGCGAUCCUUAUCUGGGUUUUGCGGGCAAUACCUAUAAAUCCUAGAGCAGGUGAAUCUACCCGCCGAGGAUGUGGAAAAUAUUGAAAUAUGACAAAUUGUGUACUAUUGGACCCUACCAUCUAUCUAUUAAAAAGUUAAGAUGAGUAACAUAAUGCAUAAAUAUUUGGCUAAACUUUUGCAUGGUACGAGUUUUAUAGCGAUAAAACAGGUCACUGUGUAUGU